UUGAAAACUGACACCACAGGCAUACUAACAGUGAUUGGAUGUUUACGGUGGGGGGUGUCUGUGCUGUGAAGAGACGUGCAGCACGGCCACGGAGAUCGGAGAUGAUGGAGCUGUCUUGCUGUUUCUGGCGGAGUUUUCACCUCUAAAAUUUUGAUUGGGGGGGCAUUUAUUUAGGGGGUCAACGCCCCUUUGUCCCAGUGUAGAGCAGGUCCCGAAACACAGCUGUAAUUGAUCAGUUGGUUCUCCCUGGUUAUAAUCGAACAGCGACUACAAAGCAGCUUUUAAAGCCUGAUUUCGUUUCUACAGUUUAAUUGGCUGCAUUCAAUAGUUCGCUAAUUGGUCCCGCCCUCUACUUUGAAAAGAUCACGAGACAGCGUUGUUUGCUUUUCCUGUGGAUAAUCCGCUCAUUUUGUCCACGAUGGCUCCCAAAUACGCGGACAACUUCUACGAGCCUUUGACGGAGGACGUGGAAGAUCUCCUCGGCCGCUUCCAGCAGAAAGACUCCAUCCGAUUCGACGACUUCUCGGCUAUCUGGAGGGACAUGCGCUUCUCGGAUGUCUUCCUGGGCAUCUUCGGCAUGGGCGAGAUGAGGAAGUUCUGCAAGGUGGCCAUGAUAACGGCCGCCAAGUACUUCCUGCCCCCGUACUGCUUCCAAAUCCGAGUGGGGGGUCUGUACUUGAUAUACGCCUUCUACCACACGCAGCUCGUCACCCCGCCUGUGCAGAUCCGCCUGGCUCUCAGGGAUUGGGAUUAUGUGCAGAAGUUUCUGCAAGACUCAAUGGGCUGUGGCCACCUGGAUGUGGUAUACAUCUACCGGAAGCUUGUCUCCUCUAAAGCAUUUCACUACACCGCCAUCCCGCAUUUGCUCACCUUCCAGAAGCCAAAGCGGCCCCAGAAGCAGAAGGUGUGCAGCGAGAUGCUAGCGAGGGCUACUGCGGUGAAGGAGCUACUAUCUGAAGACUACCUGGAGGAGGUCACCAACAUCCAGAACCGCUACGAAAAGAUGAAGCAAGAUUUGGAGGAGGUCCGCCACCAGGCCACCAUGACACACAUACAGUUUACUUCACGUUUAAAGGGAACUUUGACUGAGUUCGUUACAUGGCAACAGAACACCUUCCAUCAAACUAACAAUGAAGAUAAGGAGAAACCCAUCGACGAAGAAGACAGUCGCAGUAGAGCCACCCUCCUGGCAUCCAUCAAGAAGAAGAGCUACGGAAAACGAGAAGAUCAUAGAUCCAAGUCCAGGAGGCACCGUCAGGAGGUGGUGCAGUCGUCCAGCUCAGGACCAGAGCAGGAGCACGAAGGCGCCGACCUCAACCCGGGCAGGCCUCUUUCGUUGCGGGCUAGGACGUGGAAGACCCUCGGGAAGAACACGGAGCAGUCCGAGCUGGCGCCGUGGCUGCUGAGCGCUCCUGACCACGAGGGGGUGCCAUUGAGGCAGAAAUGGCAGGGCCGCUACAAGCAGUAACAGUCACCUUUAUCCUCACAAACAUACAUAAUUGGUGUACGGUACACUUUUUUUGGUUAUAUUCUAACUUUGGUGAAAUUAUUUAAAUGUAAUAAAAAUGUUGAGCCUUUCACUCAAAUUGUACUGCAGUUUGUGCUGUUAAGUCAAUACAAUGAGCUGCUUUACUUAAUUUAAUAAGCUCUGCCUUUGUACAGAUAGAGAUGAGCAGGAGAAGCUUGGCCACAUCCGUAGUGAUGGGAGUAUCAAUUCCGUGGUAUUGGUAUAUCGACAUUCAAAUCAAUUUAGUAUUGAUUACUCUCAUUAAGUCUCAAUACUAAUUAAAUAAA